AUGGCGCUGUGGUACUCGCUAGGAAUUGCGUUCUUUGCCGCCAUCGGCACGUUCUUGUUUGGGUUUGACACUGGAAUCGCGACAACAACUAUCGCGCAUGAAAGCUGGAUUGAUUAUAUGAAUCACCCUUCAGAAGGAUUAACAGGAGCAGUGGUCGCAGUGUAUAUUGCCGGUGAGGCAUUGGGCGCACUGACGCAAACUUUUAUUGGCGAUAAACUUGGACGUAUUCGGUUCAUGCAGCUGAUGUGUGUAAUUGUGACAAUUGGCACUGUCAUCCAGACUGCCUCCGUGAACAUUGGCAUGUUUCUUGCCGGCCGCGUGCUAGCCGGAUAUGCGGUUGGAGGAUUGGUCGCUACAGUCCCAAUCUACCUUAGCGAGAUUUCCGACCCCCGUUUCCGUGGUCUGAUCGGCGGUAUUUCAGGCUGCGGUAUCUCCUUCGGAACGAUGGCGUCGAAUUGGGUCGGAUUCGCUUGUGGCUAUGCUCCUUACGGCGCUGUACAAUGGCGAUUGCCCCUGGGGAUCCAGAUUCCAUGGGGUAUAAUCAUGUUCAUUGGUCUGUCGACCUUCAUGCCCAACUCACCGCGGCAGUUGAUCCGAGUCGGGAAAGUCGAGUUAGCCCUCAGCGAAUUUACGCGGAUUCGACGUGGAGCUGCCUCGCUUGAAGUGGAGGAGGAAUUUUCGCUCAUGAAGGCCCAGAUCGAGUAUGAGAUGGAGCGCGAGAUUACCUCCUAUCGGGAGAUCUUCCGUCUGUUUCGAUCUCGGGUAUUAGUAUCUAUUGCCGUGCAGACAAUGACGAGUUUAACCGGUGUCAAUGUGAUCCAGUAUUACCAAACUAUUCUGUACAAGUCGCUCGGCAUUGGGUCACAUACUAUUCUGGCCCUUGCCGGGGUCUACGGUACCGUGGCUUUCUUGUCCAACGCCAUCACGACUAAAUAUAUGACGGACCAGUGGGGCCGCCGCAAAAUGUUGAUCACCGGUCUGGCUGGCAUCGUGCUGAUUGAGAUCUAUGCCGCCGUGAUGCAGAUGGAGUUCCAAAAUACCAACAACCAAGUCGGCAAGGGAUUCGCAAUUUUGGGCAUUUAUCUAUUUGUGGUUUGCUACUAUGGGUUUCUCAACAGCACAACGUGGCUGUACGGCGCUGAGGUUCUUCCUAUUGCUCUGCGUAGCAAGGUGAUGGGCAUCGCAGCCGCCUCUCACUUCAUUGUUAAUGUUGCCAUCACCGAGGCCGGCCCCAGUGCAUUCGCCAACAUCAAGCAGAACUACUAUUAUGUCUUCGUAGCAUGCACCCUUUUCUUCCUGGGCGUAGCAUACUUCUUUUUCCCUGAGACAAAGCAGAAGACGUUAGAGGAAGUUGCAGCCGCCUUCGGAGAUAGGGUGAUCCAGGCAGACGACAACCCAAAGGGAGCAUCGGUGGUUGGCGGAGCGGACCACGUCGAGACUGCUGCACAGCAGGCCUAA